UUCAAAUUCAAACACCACCCACAGUCCCCUCCAUCCCCCUGGACUCCAAAAGGGCAAAAAGAAGAAAAGGGCAUCUCUCCCUCUCUCUCUCACACACACACAGUGAUACAGAGACAUAUCUGGUGGAGCAAAAAGCAAUAAGAAAUGCUGAAGGCCAAAUCUCCAAUCUCCGGUAAUCAGAUACAACGGCCAAAAACUGGCCGUAAGCCUCUACAGCCAAAAAAUUCCCCGGCCACUCCGAUCAUAAACCACGUGAACGGCCUAAAGAAGCAUCAAUGUAUUGAGAUCUCAAUUGCCAAUGAUUCAAACAAGGAGAACCAUCCCGUCUAUGCAACUCCAACAAAGAUCAUCAAGCCGGUCAACACUACUGAACCAUUCGGUGCAUCCCUAGCAGAUGAGCUCAGCGUCAUACGAGAGAGGCUUGAACGACUGAGGGUAGAAAAAGAGAAGACAGAGAAGAUUCUGAAUGAGAGAGAUAUGGUGCUGGAUAUGCAGAUGAAGGAGCUGGAAAGGAGAGGUGAAGUGCAGAAGCAGCUCGAGAUCGAGGUUGAUCGGUUGUUUCGAUUAAAGGAGCUCCGAGCUUUAUGCAUGAGGAAAUUCCCGAUGCAGUCAUUGCGUGAGAAGGAACAGAUCAAGAUUAAGGGCUAUCAGUCGCAGGAUGUAAAUACCGAAGAUAGAGAAGAAGAUUUGAAAGAUGAAGAAGGUACAUCUCAGAGUCCGAGUUCAGAAAUUGAUAGGGAGAAAUGAUAGUUUUUUUCACUUCUACUAGUUUUAUUGUAGCUUUGGAUCAAAGGGUGGAAAUGAAUGAUAAUAUAU